UCUGUAUCGCGGUACGUUCAACGUUUGCGUUACAUUUUUACGUGAUUCGUUACAUAAAAUUUAUCUUGUUGUAGUACUUGCACAAGUACUAUACCACUUCCAUACUUGUAACCACUAACUCUCAUUUCUAAUAGUUAUGGUUAAUCAAAGUAAAAAGCAGCGAACCCAAUCCCCUGUAAAACUGGUGUCUAAUUUAACGUCCUUGAUUGCUACAUCAAGCAACACACCCCCAACAAACGGCUAUAGUGAGUCACAUAACUCACGUGUAUGCCGUAAGCGUCGAGCUGAAACUGAAAAUAAAACUGUACUGACAGCCAGUAUUAGCACUACUCCUAAAAAUUCGGUACCCUCUGCUCAUACAGAACUCCUCCCUUCACCUUAUGUGCUUAUGGAGAAACUCCAGCCAUCAAGCUCUUUUUCAGUACUAUCUUCAGAAAUAGAACUUCUAAAGUUGUCUAUAGGAGAACUUAAGGCUGAGUUAAGGGAAAUAAAAAACAGCAAGUCAGUAAAUGCUGGAAACAUCGAAACCAAUACCGAGAUAUCCAAAUUAUCAGAUCAGAUCAGCGAUAUCAGAUCGCAGGUCUGUGAACUGACACCUCUAACUAUCCUCAUGAAAACGGUAAACCUUAACAAGCUUGACACAGAAUCGGUAACUAAGGUAGAUAACCUCAUUAACUUUGUUACCACAGAAGUAACAAAACGACUCGACGCAAAACUGAGUGCUAUUGUCUACAACGUUCCGGACAAUGAGGCACUAAAAAAGGUACAGCGCAUCUUACUUAGUGAAGCGAAAAUGCCUAACUCCAAGACUAAGUGCUACAGGCUGAAGAAGAGUCAACAUGAAAAGUGUUGUCCUAUUCGUUUUCAGUUCGAAACACCGGCAGAGACCAGAAAAUUCAUUCACUCCCAACACACCCUAUCGCAAGCCAGAAACUACAAACAUAUAAAGGUCGGGGUGGACAAAACAGUUAUAGAAAGGCGCGCACACAACUAUCUCACUAAGACUAAUUGUGAAAUAGGUAAUAGGACAUUGCAGCAAGCCAUUAUCCCCAACCCUGUGAAAGAUACAGUAGACCCCACCGCAUCACCCCUCUCAAAACACACAGAAAUGUCCCAUCAGAGUGCAACACCAGCCGAAAGGCCACUAGACUGUAACCAAAUAAAUAAUAAAACCAUACCACCCAUCACCGCAGAAUCUAAAAUGCCACUAAAUAACCCCAGAAAAAAAGUUAAAACCCCCCGAAACUCGACUUUGUCCUCUCCUAGCUAUAAUUCCAUUGGUAAAGAUAAGGAAAAUAUGCCCCUAAAUCAUACCAACAAAAACAGUGGCAGCUUAAAUAAGCCCACACUCCCCACGGUUAAUAGUAUUAGCACUCACAACGUGCUAAAUCGCACCGUGGCACACACUAAUAUCCAAUGUCACAACGAUGUCACCCUAAAUAGUACAAGCGGUAACAGUCAGAACUCGGCUACCAACAACUCAGGGUCUUCAGAGUAUGGCACACAAACAAAUUUCGACCGGAUGUAUGGUACAAGUCUGCUGGGAACUAACCCAAAAUGCAGUACACACGAAACCCACACAAGGACACAACUAGCAUCAAACAAUAGGUGGAAUAAUAAGCCAUGGUCAUCACAAGGAUCCAAUCAUUUUUUAUCCCCCGCGUCCCUGUCAGCGUUGAAAAAACAGCUGGUAGGGAUGUUAACACUCCUAAACCACUAGUGCUGGCUCCCUCCUUGCAUGAAAACAGGAACGGUCUAGUGCACCCGUAUCCAUUGGACACACUUGACACUUGCACAAGUAUAGGCCAAAUAAAGAACCCUACCCACUUCUGUAACCUAACUAAAAAUAAAAGUUCCUUAGUCUAUAGCAAAUCCAGUACUCCAACUCCUAAUUCUCCACCGAAAACAGCACACAACAACUCGAUAGACAUAGGUGAGCAUGAUGCUGGAACUCCUCUUAACAUAGGAUCGUCAUGUCCAGCAGAACUACUGGGUGCUGAACCAUAUUCGGGGCUGACUAACGAACUUAAAUACUUCAAAUGCUACUUCAACUCUCAUCUUUACGUAAUCCUCAUAAAUGCUAGAUCUGUUCUAAAUAAAUUGCCGAUGCUCAGAGCACUCACAGUAAUAUACAAACCCCCUGUAAUUGUCAUCACUGAAUCUUGGUGUCAUUCGGACAUCCUGGAUGAAGAAAUAAGCUUAGAUAACUACACACACUUUCGGUGUGACAGGGAAGGUGGUAAGGGAGGGGGUUGUCUCAUGUACUUCUUGAAUGAACUUACUGUAUCACAGCUAGAAAGUAGUACACUUAACAUGCCUGAGACUCUAUGGGUUAAUGUACACUUAAAUAACGUAACAGCACUAAUUGGAUGCUCCUACAGAGCACCUGGCACCUUUAGUAAUUACGAGACCCAACUCAUUAAUACUCUGGAGCAAUUAACCGACUUACAAUACGAUCAUAAGAUCCUAUGUGGGGACUUUAACUUACCUGAAAUCAACUGGGAUAUACCCACAGGUCCAACUAAAUUUGACAAGUUCUUAGACACACUGGAUAUACUUGGCUGGAAACAAACUGUCACUACUCCCACAAGAGGUAACAACGUACUAGACUUAAUCUUCUGCCACAAUAUAAGCCCCCUUUCAACGCUAGUAGGUUCUGAGUUCCCAGGGAGCGACCACAAAACAGUAAUGUGUGCACUGCCAAUUCCGCUGAGUAGCAAUGCAUCUCAUACCUCCACUUCACAACAAGUAAUAUAUAGGAACUAUAGUAAGGCAAACUGGGCCUUAGUUGAAUCGAUGCUAAGAUCCUCCAAAUGGGAUGAAUACUUCACUACUGAUGACCUAUCGAGAGCCCUAACCAUCUUCUACCAUAACUCAAACAUAUGCUUAGAUGCUGUCAUUCCACUCCAAACACUAAAGGUUUCCCCACACAGAAAGUCAUACAUAAAACCAAAGGAUCGUAAGAAACUGAAGAAACUCUCAACAAGUUACUUCAAACACCACGACUUUGGCACUCUAGGUCUAAUACUUAAAACCCUUAGCUCCAUCACACAAGCUCAAGAUUUCCGUAUGAGAAAGGAAGAACGCAUCGCAGUAGCCAGUCCUGCUAGAGCGUAUGCACUCACAGAAAUCUUAAGGAAGCGAAUGAAUCGCAAAAAUCACAGCAUUCCUCUCCUCAUAGACAAAGGCAGGCUAUGCACUAACUCUGCAGACAUAUGUGAACUAUUCAACAAAACGUUUGCAGGUAACUACCUUAAGCCCUCAGUCCAGCUACUCGAUAUACACCCUAUUACUAAAAUGGCACCAACUCCACUGACACCAAACCAAAUUAGCACUGUUCAAUUCACUUACGCUGACAUUAACCAAACUAUAAGAACCCUCAAAAGUUCAAAAGGUUUCGGUACCGACGGUAUAUCAUCUUACUUCUAUAAAUAUGGUGGCCCUGACAUUCCUCUACUACUGCUUAAAAUAUUCACAAUGUCCCUAGAAACCCAAACUUACCCUGACAUAUGGAAGACUACAUUCAUUAUGCCUAAACACAAAUCUGGCUCGAAAACUGAAGUCAGUAACUACCGGCCAAUCAAUAUCACACCUAUAGCAUCUAGAAUCAUGGAGAGACUAGUCAAAAAUAACCUAAUCAAACACAUGCUUAGCUGCAACAUCAUAAGUCCGAACCAACAUGGAUUCCUGAAAUCCAGAUCAUGUUUAACAUGUCACCUAGAC